CUCAUCAUGGUCGCCGGUGUUCAAAUCCACUCAAAAGUCGCUCAAAAGGCUCAAGCAGAGCUAUUCACAGACGGCGCACUCAAGUUCCUCGCUGCCCUCCACCGCACCUUCGAGUCGACGAGACAGAGCCUGCUCGUCGCUCGCGAAGAUGCUCAGCGUCGCUAUGACGCGGGGGUGCCGCUUGACUUUGCCCCGGAGACGGCGCAUAUUCGCGCUGAGGCCUCGUGGCAUUGCGCACCGCCUGCUCCUGGACUUGAGGACCGCCGCGUAGAGAUUACGGGUCCGACAGACAGGAAGAUGGUCAUUAACGCUUUGAACAGCGGUGCGAAGACGUUCAUGGCUGAUUUUGAAGAUUCGAGUGCACCGACAUUCGCGAAUAUGGUCAAUGGCCAGAUUAAUUUGCGAGACGCCAUUCGUCGUCAGAUUGAUUUCGAGGUUGGUGGAAAGUCGUACAAGCUCUCCCAAAAUCCCGCUGUGCUUAUCGUUCGUCCUCGAGGAUGGCACCUCGACGAACCCCGCGUAACGGUCGAUAACGCCCCCGUCUCAGGAUCCAUUUUCGACUUUGCCUUGUACUUCUAUAACAAUGCACAUGAACUCGUGAAGCGCGGGUCGGGGCCAUACUUUUACCUCCCGAAAAUGGAACACUAUCUUGAAGCGCGUCUCUGGAACGAUAUCUUUGUCUUUUCCCAGUCCUAUAUUGGCAUGCCGCAUAACACGAUCCGUGGAACCGUUCUCAUUGAGACCCUCCCGGCUGCGUUCCAGAUGGAGGAAAUUCUUUUCGAAUUGAGGAACCAUUCCUCUGGUUUGAACUGUGGACGUUGGGAUUAUAUCUUCAGCUUCAUCAAGAAGCGUAGAGCUGACCGGAGUGCCGUCUUGCCAGAUAGGAAGGACAUUACCAUGACCGUCGGCUUCAUGGACUCCUACGUCAGGCUUCUCAUCCAGACAUGCCACAAGCGCAAAGUCGCGGCUAUGGGGGGCAUGUCGGCCCAGAUCCCUAUCAAGGACGACCCCAAGGCCAACGAAGUCGCCAUGGCCAAGGUCCGCUCGGAUAAGCUCCGCGAAGUCACUGCUGGGCACGACGGCACCUGGAUCGCGCACCCACUCAUCAACAAGAUUGCUCGUGAGGUAUUUGACAAGAACAUGCUUGGUCCUAAUCAGUACCAUGUCCUUCGCCAAGAAGUUAAAGUCGCCCCGUCCGACCUGCUAAGCACCAAAGUGCCCGGCCAAAUCACGCUCGAAGGAGUCCGCGAGAACGUAUCCACGUGCCUCGCGUACACCGCUGCCUGGGUGGGCGGGAACGGGUGCAUCCCGCUCAAUUACCUCAUGGAAGACGCCGCCACCGCCGAAAUUACGCGCGUACAAUUAUGGCAGUGGGUUCGGUACGGUUCGCGCAUCUCGGACACGGGUGAGCUGAUCACUGUGGAGUUUGUUGACAAGUUGGUGGGUGAGCUUGCGCCGGGGAUAAAGGGCCUUGUGGCGGGUGUGAAGGAGGAGAAUGUGAAGUUUGCGAUGGAGUAUUUGAAGGGACAGAUUAGGAGGCAGUGGCCUAGUGAGUUUUUGACGAGUGAUUUGAUGCCGUAUUUGGCGAUUGCGGAUGGGGUUGAGCCUGCUAGGCAGAGGGUGGCGGCGUUGUAGAUGAUGGAGGCGUUGUAGACGUACAGGUGGAGGAUGGCGGCCUGUCAUGUAGACUUGCGACUGAAAGCGAGUCUUUGCUGCGUAAAUGUACGUUACUAGUCAUUCAAUUUGAUUCUUGUA